UUUUUUUUUUUUAAUACUAUUAAUGGUAUUUUACCUAUCUGAAUUCAAAACCACCUUGUACGAUGCUAAAAUAACACACAAUUUUGAUCAUUUUAUAUUAACUUGGAAAGCAAGCAAACACCAAGUGGAUUGAUUGGUUUUAUAAUUCUCUAAAAAGUAGAUUUUAUAUAAAACGAGGGUGCACAAAUUUUCUUUUUUUGGUUAUUUUGUACAAUAUGCAGCAAGAUAACCCAACCAUGUUCGAAAAGAUACCUUGAACUCAAACUGUUCGCACCCUCAAAAAUAAAUUCUUCCAACCUUUUAGCCUUUGGCAGAAAAACUACCUGUGCUGUUUGCAUUGUUGUUGUGUGUCUUUUCGCCAACUCCAGACAUUCCUUCAAUAGAUUUAUUUAAUUUAAUAAUUCCACGCUUCCUUCUCUCUCCUAACCGUUUUAAUACCUAACCAUAACCCAUUUGUACUAUACUUAAUAAUAAUGUCUGAUACAACCGGAAGUGGCCCGGCCUCAGGCCUGCUGAAAGCGGCAAUUAAUAGCGUUAUCCGAAAGAAACUUCAAGGAUAUGUCGGUUUUGCUAACCUUCCCAACCAGGUACAUAGGAAAUCUGUGAAGAAAGGAUUUCACUUUACGGUGAUGAUAGUUGGCGAAUCUGGUCUAGGUAAAUCAACCCUCGUCAAUACUUUAUUCGGUACCACUCUCUAUCCAAACAAAGGUGAAGCUGAACCAUCAGAUGAGACACCAAAGACUGUGGAAAUCCAAUCUCUCAGUGCAGACAUUGAAGAAAAUGGCGUUAAACUAAGGCUUACGGUUGUUGAUACUCCUGGUUUUGGUGAUUUUGUUAACAACGAGGAAAGCUGGAAACCAAUUCUCGAAAAUAUCGAAACUCGCUUUGAUGCAUAUCUUGAGCAAGAAAAUCGCGUAAAUCGUCGUAAGAUGGUUGAUAAUCGCGUUCAUGCUUGCAUUUACUUCAUUGCUCCUACUGGCCAUUCACUUAAGCCCUUAGAUGUUGAAUUUAUGCGACGACUUCAUACCAAAGUCAACCUCAUUCCUGUAAUUGCCAAAUCAGAUACAUUGACCGAAGAUGAAAUUAAACAAUUCAAACAACGUAUUCUAGAUGAUAUUGCUUAUCACAAAAUUCAAAUAUAUCAAGCUCCACAGUAUGAAUAUGAUGAUGAAGAAACGGUAGCAGAGAACAGGGAAAUAAUAAGCAAAAUUCCAUUUGCAAUUGUUGGGAGCGACAAAGAAGUUGAACUUCCUGAUGGACGUCGCGUUCGUGGUCGUAAAUACCCAUGGGGUGUAAUUGAAGUAGAUAAUGAAGAGCAUAACGAUUUUGUCAAACUUCGACAAAUGCUUAUUCGAACUCAUAUGGAAGAGCUCAAAGAACACACCAACGAUGUGCUAUACGAGAACUAUCGUUCCGAGAAGCUUGAAACUAUGGGGGUACAGCAAGACCAAACUGUUUUCAAGGAAGUAAACCCACUCGCCAAGAUGGAGGAAGAACGUCAGCUCCAUGAAGCCAAAUUACAAAAAAUGGAGUCUGAAAUGAAACAGGUAUUCCAACAGAAAGUCCAGGAGAAGGAGGCUAAAUUGAAACAAUCUGAAGAAGAGUUAUACGCUCGCCAUAAAGAAAUGAAGGAUGCUCUGGAGAAACAGCGAUUAGAAUUAGAAGAAAAGAAAAGACGAUUGGAGUCGGGUAGACCAAUUACUCCUGAAAAAGCAAAGAAGAAAGGUUUUUCGUUUAACAAAGCUUGAAGUUAUUAGAGGUUCUUCAGUUCUCUUUUUUUUUUUUAUAGAAUCAUUUGUUUUAGUGUGGGUUUAAUUUUUAAUAUAAAAUGGGUGGUUUGAUUCUUUUUGAAGGCAACGAAAAAAAAAAAUUUUACUUCACUACACUUUAUCCAUU